UUUUAUUUUUUCCACUAAUUUUUCACGAACCGUAUCUAAAUUCCUUUCCCCUUCAUCGUCCUCCUUCUUUACGACUUUUCUCGGAUCCAGCCCAGCGUUUCCUCCGAUAAAUUUUACAACCUUCAAUUAUAAAUCGAAGAUUUGUUCAAUUCUCUUUGUCCUCUAUUAAUUGAACCCAAAUUGAAUUCACGCCAUUGAUCAUACCCGAUUUUCGAUUUAGGGUUUGUAAUCGGCCCUUUAGACCAUUGCAAUCCUUCAAUACUUUAUCGUUAUCUCUUCUAUUUCAUGAUUCGGUAAACUCCCCUCUCUUUCAUGCACGUAUUUCUUAGAUUGUCUGGACCCGUUCUAAUUUCUAGGGUUCUGAAGCGUUCGGUUCGCUAAGCAAUUCGGGUGUGUAAUAGCUUCGACUAGGGUUAGGUUUUCAGAAAGAUUUGGAACCUUUGUCUUUGGUGUAAUUAAGUUGGGGAUGCGUUCAAGGGCAUAGGGAAUUCACCUUUGGCGUUUGAUUCCGUGAUAUCUUAACUGAAUUAAGGCUUCUAGGGUUUUACCUUGAUCUCUUCGACACUUUUCUUUUGCGGUCCUUCGAAUUGACGAAUUUGGGAGGUUAAGAUGGGAUCUAAAAGGCCUUUUGAUGCUGAAGAGUUCCCGGAGCUUCACUGUAAGCACCCAAGGAAGCUUGAGUAUAGCAAUAUGCCAGAUCCAUGUGAUGAACUUGUUUCUUGUGAUAAUGCCCCACAGGAACCUAUUAUUUCAGGGGAGUAUGAGGAUGGCCUUCAUAAAUUUCAGUGGCAUGAGGCACUUGAAAAAGACACUGUCACAGAUGUUUCAAAUUUAGUUGACAAGGGUUUCGGGACCAAUGACCCCUUGUCAUUGGUUUCCAGCAGUUCUAGUGAAGAAGAUGCUAGGUCUGGGGCAUCGGCAUACUCAUCUAUUUAUCCAGAAUAUUUUGAGUUAGAUUUCCCACGAAGAAGAUUUGUUCCAUUUGAGGAUGCCUAUCAUUCUUUCUUGGAUCAUUUUCCUAGAAAGCAAGUUCCCAUUGGUACAAAUCACCAAGCCAGUAUUCCAUUGUGGGGCAAACUCAUAAAUGAGAACAACUUAGACAUGACAGAAAAGCUUACUCCCAGCAUUGAUGAUGGUGGCAGUGAGGAGAUGCUGAUGGGGGCUUUGAUUGUCCCAAUGCCUGAUCCAAAUUUGUCUAUAGACAGGGGUGACUAUGCUGGAGAUGGUAGGACAGAUUGUCACUGUCUGGAUUCUGGCUCUAUUAGAUGCAUUCACCAACAUAUUAUGGAAGCACGGGAGAAACUUAGAAGAACACUUGGGGAAGAAAAAUUUGUGAAUUUAGGGUUUUCUGACAUGGGUGAGGAAGUGGCACACAAGUGGACUGAAGAAGAAGAGCAGAUAUUUCACGAGGCUGUUUACUCCAGUCCUGCAUCCUUGGGUAGAAACUUUUGGAAACACCUAUCUUUGGUAUUUCCUUCUCGAAGUAAAUCAGAGCUUGUAAGCUAUUAUUUCAAUGUGUUCAUGCUGCGGAGGCGUGCUGCUCAGAAUAGGUCUAAUUUGCUGGACAUAGACAGUGAUGAUGAUGAGUGGCAUGGAAGAGGCUCUUAUGAGGUUGGCGAGUCAGAAGAAGAUGUGGACUCUGCUAUCGAGUCACCUGUUGAUCAAGAUACCCAGGCCGAUUCCUCUGAAGAAGAUGAUGGUAGUGAUGAUGACGAUGACAAUGAUGAUGACAACAACAAAGAUGGUGGUGAUGAUGAUUGCAAUGGUGAUGGUGGCGAUAGAUCUGGUAGAGAUGUUGUUCUCAUAGAAGAUGGUGGGAUGAAUCUUCCGUCGGAUGCACACGCUAAGUUGAUUGAUGAGAGUAAAUUUGACCCCUUGGUUCAGCAUGUGGAUAAGACUUCAGGGAGUGAUCAGGAGGAUCUCAGUGCACAAGAUGACUCAUGCCUGUCAUUUGAUUGUCAAGCCAAUAUGACUAGCUCCUGUGAUCCUGUUAACAGCGAAAAUGCUUUACAAGUGUGUGGAGUUAAGAGUGAGCAUGCCAAAUGUUUGCACAGCAAAGAUGAUUGGUCUAAUGAUUCAGUGGGUCAGUUCAAUUUACUGGAGCCCUAUGAUGCUAAAGCUUGGGAUGGCAGCUGCCCAUCAGCUUCAUUAAAAGGUUUUGAUCUUCUAUCCACAUGGAACAUGAUUGAAGAGAUUUUUGGGCAAGGGACUUCAGAUAAAAAGGUGAUGGAUGAUUGAGGCAUCAACUGGUGUCCCUUGAGAUAGGUAUCGAUUUCUUAGCACACUAACAUAUCUGGUGCGGCCUUUGCGAGAGGGCCAAGAUUUUGAGGCUUUGGCAGGUGGAAUUGUCUUGCAAGAAUUUUUUUCCCUAAAGCGUGGGAUAUCUUGUUUUCCAUUAUCCUGGUGUACAUCCUUUUUUUCCCGGGUAAAUAAGUGUUACAAGAAGAGGGGGUCAGCAUGUUAAAAUGUUGUCUACAUCCUCGUUGAGUCUGUUAUUUGGUAACUAGUGCUUUCGAGGAAAUGCCUUCUUGUACGUCGAUAACUCUUGUAUAUUUUAUUCAGUCCGUACCUCUUUAUUGGGGUGGAAGCCAAUUUUGUUA